UCGAUAUGAAUGCUUUUUUCCGUAACAUCAACCACUCUCAAUCAUGAGGGGAGUCAAACGUCUUCGAUCCGACGCCGGCUUCUCUGAUGUUUUCUCAGCCAUACCCGAAGCCAUGCAGAAUUCGCUCGCUCAACAGUUCGAGGCUCUCGGGCCAGACGUCGGGUUGCGGCUGGCCAACCUGCGCACUCUCCUCUCGUCUCUCACGCCACAGGAAACGCGCUUCAUGAGACUACAUCUCCAAAGUUUGCCCGCGCCAGCAGACAUUAUCUCUCGUUUUCCGGCUGAUAUUCUCGUUGAGAUCUCCCCAUACCUGUCCGCCUUGGAUAUAGUCAGCAUACUAAACGUGUCCAAGACGUGGAGAAAGGCGUGGUCUCAACGCGAUGUUGUGAGGGCUCUGGCCAAGCACCACAUGCCCAGUUUUCUCCAGUUCUACGCUCACCGAAACAGAUUACAAUCCCCCCAAGAUUGUACAGACCAAGACUUGUUCAAUUCCUUCCACCAAGCUGCUCGCAAGUUCACUAUCAGACAGCAGGGCUUGUUCCAGUCCACCAUUUCCAACCCUGCCCCGUGGCUUCACUUUGUCACUCGCGACAGGUUCUUCACCUUGGAGCCUACCGAUAACAUAAGAGACUGGGACGAUGUUUUCCCAGACGGUGAUUUUGACGAUCAAUUCCCCGAUGAUACUCCCAUUGAAACAAAUGUACCCAAGCCAUGGGGGCGUUGGGAGUAUUGUAAUGGAAAAGUGGCCUGGCAGCCCGAGGCCACUGAUAUGAACCUCGCGUCUCUCACAUUUGUAGACGACUUGCGGAGCCAACAACGCAGAGUUUACCAAAUUCCCAAUUCUGUGGUUCUCCAUGGUUCUCACACCUGGUUACAGGCUUUGGGCAAUGAGCUGGUCGUGGUAUCGGCACACAAGACCUGCCACGCAUGGGACCUCGAGACGGGUGAACAUGAUUCUGUGACGCUUCCAUCUGCCGAUAUCUAUCAAGUUAGAGUCGAGGGGAAGCGUGCAUAUAUCUUGACCCACAACUCCAAGGUGUAUGUUUGGACGUUUAGACGUGGUCUUCGGGAAGUUGACACAAGCGCGGCCGGUGAAGACGGCAUUGACCACGUCGUCGAAGCUGAACAAAACGAACCUCUCCAGGAGGGCGAGGAAAGGGAAGGCCUAUUUGAUAUCCUUCCUCACCCACUUCUCGAUGAUACGUUCUAUCUUCUAUCUUUCAAAGAAGAAUCCGACAAAAUGCUGGUGGUCCACGAAUUCAACCACAAUGGGACCUUACGGUUACAUACCACAACUCUUCCUGAGGUCUAUUCUCUUACUCGGAAGUCGGGUACAGGUGAUUUCGACUUCAAAAUCAGUUCUAGACGUACAGGACGCAACGAUGAAGUUCCCGUAGGAGACUACUUCCGCAUGUGUACGCACAAGGUCGAUCCGUAUGGCAACUACGCCAUUUGCCAAAUCUUCAUCCCAGGGCGGCUUCUCAAGCCUGAGGGGUUUCGAGGGCCCUACGAUGAUAGUGACAUCGACUACAACUAUCCGUACUACCUCGAUGAAUUUGAUGACCAUUACCUUGGGUAUACGGUCUUCUUUAACGCUUUGACAGCCUCGGUCUCGACCUCCCCAUUCAUAUCUAACUUAUAUCCUGGUCACUUCUCACCCUCACCCACACGUUGGGGCGGCCAGCAAAUCGAACUUAUCCGCGCCCCCACCAUAAGAAAGGACUUGCGUUUCCGCAUGCUGUUGGUAUCGGAGUUAAACGGCCAAAAGCGUCCGGAGUCGAUGGAUGAUCUUCCUGUUUAUUGUCCGUCGUCACUUAACUCGCUCAGGGAGUUUCUCCCCGUCAAUCACCGGUUUACAGAGCGCCUCGCCAAUACACCCGCAAAGCCGGGAAAGAUGAUGCACGGUUACAAAUGUUCCAACAUUGUCUCACGAUAUCUGACCGAAAGGCGCGAAGUCAUUCCCUCUAUUCAACCACAAUACGGUCUUGAUAUCACUUUCGAAUACGAUCAAUUGACAGAUCAGGGCGCUGAUGGAGAUUUUGAUCAAGAUAACACCUCAUUUGAGCUAAUGGCGGACGAAGACUUCCUUCUCUGUGUCGGUCCAAUGGGUUACGUCGCAUGGAGCUUUUACCACGAUAUGAAAGACCUACAAGUAAGGCCUUGAAUGAUUCCCAACCGCAGCUUGCAAGAGCUUGAUCCGCUUGUCAGUCUAGCUCUUGUGAUACACUACCCUGGCAAUAUCUUUUAGACCAAAUUCCGGGGCCUACUGUGGUUGGGACAGAUCAACUGGGGUCCUAAACUCGCAAAAUCGCGAGAACUGAGACA